CUCUCUCUCUCUUCCUCUUGUGCUCGGCAGAGCUUGCACGGGCAUUUUCAGUCCAAACGCUCUCUCUCACUUCUAUCUUUAUCAGUAGCCUGCCCGAAGCCAUGCUUUCAGGUGACAUUCCUCCCAACCAAACCAUCUAUGUCAGAAACCUCAAUGAGAAAGUGAAGAAAGAAGAGUUGAAGAGAUCUCUUUAUGCUUUAUUUUCUCAAUUUGGAAGGAUUUCGGAUGUUGUUGCUCUAAAGACACCCAAGCUUCGAGGGCAGGCUUGGGUUGUAUUCAGUGAAAUUACCGCUGCCAGUGCUGCAGUACGCCAAAUGCAGAGCUUUCCUUUCUAUGAUAAACCAAUGCGGAUACAAUACGCAAAGACAAAGUCUGAUUGUAUCGCAAAAGCCGAUGGAACAUAUGUUCCAAGGGAAAAGAAAAAGAAGCAGGAAGAAAAAGCUGAAAAGAGGCGCAAGGCAGAAAAUGAAGCAGAACAAACUGCUACUAAUGUCGUGCAGAACAAUGGCACAAAUAAUGCUUCUCAUACUUCCCGCCCAGGAAAGCCUGGUGCCCAAGAGGGUGCUGCAUCACCAAAUAGCAUUCUUUUCAUUCAGAAUUUGCCUCAUGAAACAACGAGUAUGAUGCUGCAGAUGCUCUUCCAACAGUACCCAGGUUUUAAAGAGGUGAGAAUGGUUGAAGCAAAGCCAGGCAUUUCUUUUGUGGAGUAUGCUGAUGAGAUCCAGGCAUCCAUAGCCAUGCAAGCUCUCCAAGGUUUCAAGAUCACUCCUCAGAACCCCAUGGGCAUCACUUACGCAAAGAAGUGAUCGAAAUUUCAGUAUGUUUUCCCUCUCUCCAUCUCUCAUCAUUUCAAUGACAACAUUGACAGCUUUUUGUCUCUCGUCAUACUUUAUCAUCAAACGUAUUCAAGUAGUCGGAGUUUUGUGUUGGUAGGCAUUGUAAAAUUUGGGUGGAGUUUGAUUAUGGGAGCCAUAUUAAGAUGUUUUUUUUGGAACAUGUUUCUCUCACAGUUUUCAUUUUAAGUGGCCUUUGUAUUACCCUCAGUCUCAACCAUUUUCAGAAAUAGAGAUUGGUACACUGCUGAUUUUGUUCAA